GGUGAUAAUAUAACCAAUAAGUUGAAAAAAUUCAGAGAUCGUUUGCAAGAUCAAUUGCAAAAGUAGUCAUGUGAUAUUCGUAGCGAUGCCCCAGUGCAUUAUUUAAUUUAUCGUAAAUUUUCGCUUAUAAAUGUAGUUUCCCAAAAAAAUGACUAAUUCCGUAGUGAUAGCGAAUUUAUCAGUUAACGAUGUCGAUCUUUUUAUUAAAAAACGUAACUGCGAAGUUAUAGUCGAUAGUUUACUCGACUCCGUAUUGAAACUACCCAAACGUAUAUUGUCGUCGUUUUUGCCACCGCUCAAUCACAACAAACAGUACUUAUUUACCGACUUAUUCGGACCAGUUGUGUCUACGUUGAUGUUAAUAUCAUUACUACAAUACGGAUUCUAUUGUAAAAAAAUUCCGCCACCGAAUGCAGCCGCAGUUAAAGCUGUUCCGACUGUUUUAAUUUAUUAUGUGGCUGUAUCGUUGUUCAUAUUUUUCGCAUCUUGGUUCGUGCAAACCAAGUUGAAAAUUCUUCACGUUGCUACGCUGGUAGGGUAUGGUUUCUACGGAUGCAUUAUUACGUUACUUUUUCCAUUUAUAUUGAGAAUUUUACACGAUCAUGUGUUCUACGUGUGUUUAAUAUUGUUCGGUGGAAUGAGUUGUAUACGUAUAUUAAUGAUUUUAUUAUUUUCUAUCGAAAUGCCAGUGGCUAGAUUUUUAAUUUGUGGUGUUAUAGGAAAUUCUUAUAUACUUUUUUUGAUUUAUUUGUAUUAUUUUUAUAUACAUCCAACGUACGUGUUCCGUAAUACUUGAUGAAUAUUUACUCUACUAUGUACCUACCGAUUGUUCUCAUAUUAUUCGAAAUUUAAUCAAAAAUAUGUCCCAAGUGGUUUCUUUACGAAGUAUUGAGGUUAAUACUUUCAUUGUUACGUUUAUAGAAUAAUUAUUACUGCAGUAGUAUGUGUAAAUAUGUACUCGAUAUGUAUAAUCAAAUUGUGAAAUAAAAUGUAUCAUAAUUUUGAAA